AUGUCCUCACCCAGGAACGCACCCGCGAGAGGGUCACACCACCAGCGCUCAAGAGCAUCAAUAGCUUGUAUGACAUGCCGUAAGAGGAAAGUCAAGUGUAACGUCCAGUCAAUGGAAAGCGGGCAGCCGUGCAGGCUAUGCUGUACCAUUGGAGCUCAAUGCACCGUCAACUAUGAUGACAACCGGAAGAUAAACGCGUCCAAAAAACACGUCCGCCGCCUGGAGGAACGACUGGAGUUUCUCGAAUCCACCAUCCGCAACCUCCAGGGGUCGGGAGAAAGGAAGAACUCUGCGCAACCAGCGGCCAUCGAUGGCGAAGAGCUGUCUAGAGUGAGCUCUGCAUCGAGCAGCGGCAAUUCUACACCUGCCGUGGCCACCGACGACCAAGCUAAUCAAGAAAUCUCAAAUGAGCUCAACAACAAUAAGGAUCUUGACGCAUGUGCAAUUUCAAAGACACCGACACUGGACGUACAUCAUGAUUUGGAAAACGCGGUCUGCUCACUCCCAGAGCCCCAAGACGUAUCGAUGGAUCAAGUUGAGUUGUGUGAUUCGGAUCUUAUGUUCCACGACAUCACUGUACCUGACAUGGGCGACAUUAACGUCAGUUACUGGCAUCAGGAUGUGUUCGAAAGACCCUCAAGCCUGAUCGAGCAGAUGCCAGGACAUGUUCCCUUGGAGGGAUUGCCCGGCGGCACCGUUCCUGAGCAGCAUGUCGACAUGUUUCCAGGGCAUUGGCUUCACACAGCUCCAAGGGAGCCUUGUCUGACGCAAGCAAAUCCCGUGGAGAAUACUGCCGAGUUCAAGCAGACGUACCUCCAAAAAUGGUGGAAGUUUCAGGACAUGUCCAUAUAUCUUGUGGACCCCAAACUUUACAUGACUGCGUACGAGCGAGGUGUCCGAUCUCAACACUAUUCCGAGUUCUCGCUGAACGCACUGCUGGCGUGUUCAAUGCGUCUCGACAAGUCCGAGUCAAUUCGGAACUUGAGCCGCGCGUACGCCGAAAAGGCCAAGAGGGAGAUUCCCCGGGAACUGGAGAUUCCUACAAUGUCUACCGUUCAUGGGUUCUGCCUGCUGAGUGACUAUGAGUGCACGAACGGCAGCGAAAAUCUCGGCUGGAUCUACGUCGGCAUGGCAUGUCGGCUCAUUAUUACCCUGGGACUACAUCAAGAUUGCUCUGAACUGACCAACUCUGGAUUCCUCACCAAGGAAGAUGCACUUGCUCGGCAGCGAAUGACAUAUGGCGUCUUUGUCUACGAGCAGACUUGGAGCCUUUUCCUGGGCCGUCCUUCGUCUCUGAAAGCAUCCCAUAUACAGCAUCCGUUUCUGCCCUCUGGGUGCUCCUCAUAUCAAGCCCAUUUACUCGCUGGCUGGGUCGACUUGUGUACCCUGAUCCGAAAGGUGGUCAAUACUUGUACUUGCAUCAAACAUCAUUUUCAAUCCUGUUUGCCAAAGUGCAAGCAAUUGGAGGAAGCACUCCGAUCGUGGGAACGAAAUUUGCCUCCUGAACUGGCCUGGAGUGGCAAAGACCCCGUGUCGUGGCCGCCUUCCCUCUGCGCUUUAUACAUGCAAUUCUGCAACAUCCAGCUUCUGCUGCACCGAACGGUCAGUUCGUGCCAACGGGAUUUCCGGAUGCCAGACCUAGACGCAUGGCCGUACAGCCGACAAGACUCGCGCAAGAUCAUGCACGAAAAUGCGGUGAAGAUAGCCCAAACAUUGGAGGUGCGACGUCUCGCCUUCGAAGACUGGGGAUUUGCCACGCUUAUGCUCGACAUCAUCUUCACGGCGGCUAGCACUUUGAUUACGUGCAUGGCGUCCAAUGGCAAUCAAAAGAGUGCGCUGAGUGACCACAAGUGUCUAAUAGGCGUCCUCGGGGUCUGUGAGGGCUUGCAAACCAACUACCCCGUGGUCAAACGCAUGGUCAGCGUCCUCAAUUCCAUGUUGGAAAGCACAGGCCUCGAAAGUUUCAUCUGGAGAGGACGCGUUGAAUCGGAUUCUGGUCGGAACGAGGCCAGCCCUUCCGAGUCCAUAUUGAUAAAGGGACAGAGGGCACUCAGUUGUUCAAGUGGUAGCGCGGCACCGUUCGACCCGCUGCGUUGGUGUGAUGCCAAUGGGAACAGUGAGUCAGAUCAUGAAGCCACCGUCUUCGUCGAGCACCAAGCAAAACCGUCAAGCCAGCCGAUAGCCGGACCUGCCACUACCCAGCAGCCCUCAGUGAUUGGCGAACCUUCUGAAGAGAACCCUUGGUUCUUCCCUGAGCUGGAUGGCAAUGCGUCUACUUAUCCAAUUUCAGACAUGGUGACAUCUGCACAGCUGAACUGGAAGAUGGUGACUUGA